GUGUCGUAUUCCAGGGGGUGAGUUUCUUCGAAUCACAACAAAGUGAACUCAUGCUUCGCCGAUCGUCUCGUGCAAUCUCUCUCUCUCUCUCAGAUAAACUCAUGCUUCGCCGAUCCCUAUUCGGACCCAGAUUCAAGGCCAAGAGCCUCUCCAUAUCCGGGCAGAGGAAGAAUCCGGACCGACCACCGAAGCUCCGAGAUGUGAAGAAACAAGUAAAGGCUGUUCAAGAGUCUCAGAGUCCAAUCCAACUUGAAAAAGAAGAAGCACAUGCUGUUAAACCUUGUGAAGUUUGUGGUGGUGCUGCUGGUUCCCAUCCUAGUGUAGUGUGCCCGUAUCUGCAUGAUGUCCCGUGGCAUGUUACGAGUGUUGGCGAGGGCUACAAAAUAGCGUGUUGGUUUUGUUGGAAGGGCCAGUAUUGCAGGCAUCUAAAAAGGUAUGUUAUUCGACUUAGGUGUAUGAAGUGUGGAGCGAAUGGUCUCCACACAUUCUGGGACUGCCCUGAGAGGCGAGGGAAGGGAAUUGAGAUGCCCUCCGUUCGUCGAGUGAAGCUAAUUGGGACGUCCUCUGUCCGUCCAGGGAUGUCACAGUUACGUCGUCCACGGUGGUAACUAGGUUAAUUGCCUCCUCAUUUUCUCUGAGUAGUUUCAGCACUAGCUAGUCCUUAUCUGUUCAUGCGUCAGGCGGGUCUGUCUUUGGAGUUUGUGGUUAAUUAGCGCAUAGUUGGAGUUACUGGUGGUCUUGGUCUUGGAAUAGGCACAUGCUCUCUUUUUCAGCAAUUACUUAAUAUGUAGGGGUAGUAUUGGCUUAAUCUCCUUGCUUAAAUAAAUUGAAUCGACUUUGAUGAUAACAAUCUUUGCGAUAUGCUUCUUAUGCCCAAAACCGAUAUUCUAAGCCA